AUGGAAUAUAAAGCUGAAUCAAACACGGGGCUGGCUACGUCACUUAUUGAUGGCGACGUUAUUUUCAGUUGUGUUAUAUCUCAAUCACUAGUUUUUUUUAACUUUAAUUGUUUCCUGUCUCUGCAGUUCUUUGUAUUGAUCCAAAAAUCCAUCAUCGUUGAAUCAACUUUACACAUUAAGUCAUCAAAAAAUGUUCCAACUGGCUUUGACGUGGACGUGGAUAACAAACAUCCGGGUCCGUUAGCUAAUGUUGACGAGCCUUCGGUCACACGGGAACCCAAUACUGAUCCGGAGAGCAGCUGGCCUGAGCCAGGACCAAACUGGAAACAGGCCUUCAAAACGUGGGGAGCAGCUUGGGAAACGCAUAUCUAUGUAUUUGCAGUUUGUUUCUUUGUUGUUUUCGCGUACGCUUUAUACUACGUUGUUGUGAACAUCAAGGAUGGUCUACAAAAUAAAUACUUAAGUGUUAGCUUGAACUUUAUGAUGGUUGUGUGCGGUUUAUCGCGGUUACUGGUGUUGACCAUAAACCCUUACCAUCAAGGCACCGCCGUCAAGGCACUACCUACCGAACUCACUCGUAUAUUGUGGUCCCUUGCAGCUCCCAGUUUAACAUCCGCUGACUGUCUUUGUAUUCUAUCGUUGUUGGAGACAUACCAGAUACCUAUUGGUGCGAAAGUCUUUCAAAAACCCUCGACAAUUUUUCCAAUCAUCGGUGCUCAUUUCGGCUUUGUUUUUAUCUCUGAUCUCGUCGUAUCAGCGCACGUGACAGCAAAAGGAAUGCUUUUAUUUUGUCAAGUACUUUUUAUUAUAUGGUGUGGCUUUCUGGGUAUUGGUUACUUGAUCAUCGGUUACAAGCUUGAUAAACUUAUCUUUAUACAUCCAGGCUCAUUAAAUGAAUGUAAAGAGACUCAACGAGAGGGAAGAUGGUACAUUUAUGUUAUUUAUGCUUCGGGAAUUCUCAACAUCAUAUCAAGUUGCAUUUACAUCUAUUCUGCUGCUGGUGUAUUUGGUGUUUACUCUGAUGCCACGUACGUUGACUCCUGGUCUUGGUGGAGCCUUCAGACAGCCUUGCGCGUUACCGAGCUUGUAGCAGCGGUUUUGAUAUUUACUGUAAGCGCAAAACGAACCCUUCCUCAGGCUCGUGAGAGCGAGCUACCAUCUGGCGAGAAAAGAAGCUCGUUCCAGGCCCAUCUUGUGAGUCAGGAUGGUAUUGCCUUGGAAAUGGUUGGAAAUGAAGGCACAAUAGAAAAUAAAUCUUUGCGAAAUAAGGAGAGUAUGAUAACGACACUGAGGGAAAAGGUAAAGGAGGCUAGAAAUGGUGACUCUAUUCCUGUUGGAUACUCAUAGACACUCAUGAAUACUCAAAGACAAUCAUGAAUACUCAUAAACACUUAUGAAUACUUUGGUAUUGUACCGCAUCAACAUUAUUUAUGUGAAACAUUUUGUCUCACAUGCAAAUGGCAAAAAGCAUUUUCGUGAAGGGUGUGGAAUAUUUUAAUUGGAUUGCAUGACCCAUGUUAGUAAAGUCUUUGUUUUAGCCAUGCAAGUACUUUCUCUAAAAGUAGUUCUUACUUAAAUUAUGUGAGAAGUGUCAACAUAUGUCGUGGGUUUUUCUCUGUAUUGGGUGUCUCAUCACUUAAAGACAUUCGGCGUCUAUUCCACUUAUGUCUUUCAUUCAUGCUGGAUGUUUGUAAUUCUCGAAGUCAUGAAGUUCAUUAAACUGUCCCAAUAUUGCUUUUAAAUCGUUUCUCUUAAUCCUAUUUCCAUAAGAUUUUAAAGAUUUAAACACCAAACUUGUACUCUGUCAUCCAACCUAAUCUUUUGUUUUCCGGUGCUCAAAUGUAUCAAUAUUAUAUCAAUAAGCUUCUGCUCUUUUUCAAACAAUAAAACUGGAUUCAACUUGAAA